UGAGCUGAAUCCCAUUAAUUUUUCACUGUGUAGCAUUGCAUUGAGAAACUAGAAAACGCGUGAAAUUAAAUUUUCAACUUUCAAGUGCUAUAAAUAUAUGUUACCCUCAUACGUAUCGUUCAUGCAAACAAACUGUCCAGCAUAUAUCAAGGAAAUUUUCACAUGAAAGGAUGAAGAUUGAAGAGUGAAGACCCAAUCUACAAUCACAUACACACAUUCUUAUUCUCACUCCUCUUUAUAUAAAUUUCAUCCACAACUUAAAAAUCAACCAACAUUCUCAACCUUCUUUCAUCUUUCUCACUCUUUCAAACAAAACAACAUUAAUAUGAUGAACAAACCACUCAACCUUAUCUGUUUCUUUUUCCUCUUCUCAUCUAUCACUGUUAUUUCCGCCGGAGAUGAUGUCGCCGGAGACAAAAAUCCGUUCACACCAAAAGCAUUUCUGAAUCGGUAUUGGGACAAAGAGAUCCGCAACGGUUUACCGAAACCGUCAUUUCUGUUUUCCAAGGCUUCACCGCUAUCCACCGUGGAAGCAGCGACGUUCGCGAAGCUAGCUUCCGGCAACGUGUUAUCCACGCGCCUGCCGGAAUUUUGCUCAGCCGCGAACCUACUCUGCUUGCCGGAAGUAGCCCAGAGUCUCGAAAAGCACGGAGAUGAUGUAAAUUUCGCCAUUUACAGAGACAAGAACUUCACCAACUACGGAACGGAUCGACCCGGUGGAUUUGACUCGUUCAAAAACUACUCCGACGGUGAAAACGUUCUGGUGAACGAUUUCCGUCGCUACAGCCGAAACUCCGCCGGCCAUAAAGAAACCUUCACCAGCUACGCUACCAACGCCAACGUCGCCGAUCAAAGCUUCCACACUUACGGCGCCGGAGCCACCGGCGGCGGCGGCGAGUUCAAAACAUACACAACUGAAACCAACGUUCCAAACGAAGUUUUCACUUCUUACUCCGAUAGCGCCAACGGAAGAACACAAUCCUUCAACUCUUACACAGAAAACGGUAACAGCGGUCAACAAUCUUUCACUUCCUACGGUAAAAACGGUAAUGGCCCCACUGAAGAAUUCACCAGCUACGGAACAAGCUCCAACACUGCUGGAUCGGGUUUUUCAAACUACGCCGAAACCUCAAACGCCGGUAACGACAGUUUCAAAAGUUACGGCGUAGAUAUGAAUAACCCGACAAACAGUUUCUCUAACUAUGCUAACGGUGGUAACGGUGCAACUCAAACGUUUUCAACUUACCGUGAAAAAUCCAACGUUGGUGCUGAUUCUUUUACUAGCUAUGCAAAAACCGCAAAUGCUGCGAAAAUUGGUUUUGAUAACUAUGGAAAAUCUUUCAAUGAUGGAACUGAUACAUUCACAAGCUAUGCUAAAACAUCAACCGGUGAAACAAAGGUUGGUUUUAAAGGCUAUGGUGUUAAAAAUGAUUUCAAAGAGUAUUCGAAGGAAGGUGUUUCUUUUGCAAAGUACACAAACGUGAGUUCGAGUUUAAGUGCUUCUGUGAAAGUGAACAAAAAUGCUGCGAGUGGUAGUUUGGUAAAAAAAUGGGUUGAGCCUGGUAAGUUUUUUAGAGAGAAAAUGUUGAAAGAAGGUACGGUAAUGCCUAUGCCUGAUAUUAGAGAUAAAUUACCUAAAAGGUCGUUUUUACCCCGGAGUAUUCUUGCGAAAUUACCGUUUUCUACAUCCAAGAUUGAUGAGAUGAAGGGGCUAUUCAAGGCUUCGGAUAAUGGUUCAAUGGAAAAGAUGAUGAGGGAUUCAUUGGGUGAUUGUGAGAGAGUUCCGGCUAAAGGUGAGACAAAAAGAUGUGUUGGGUCUAUUGAGGAUAUGAUCGACUUUGCAACUUCGGUUUUGGGUCGAAAUGUGGUGGUUCGGACUACUGAGAAUGUAAAUGGGUCGAAGAAGGAUGUUAUGGUGGGUCGGGUUAAUGGGAUUAAUGGCGGGAAAGUGACCCGGUCUGUUUCGUGUCAUCAGAGUUUGUUUCCGUAUUUGCUUUAUUAUUGUCACUCGGUUCCUAAGGUUCGGGUUUAUCAAGCGGAGCUACUUGACCCGAAGAGUAAAGAUAAGAUCAAUCAAGGGGUUGCUGUUUGUCAUUUGGAUACUUCUGAUUGGAGUCCAACUCAUGGUGCUUUUAUGUCUCUUGGGUCGGGUCCGGGUCGGAUUGAGGUUUGUCAUUGGAUUUUUGAGAAUGAUUUGUCAUGGACAGUUGCUGAUUAAGAAGCUUGGGAAGAAUGAGAAAAAAUUGAAUGGUGCAAUAGAUAAAAAUCAAAACUGGUUCUUUUUUGCUGCUAAAAAAACCAGCAGUUAGAAGAACUCUUUUGAAUUUUAAGUUUAAGUAAUGUCAUUUUUUAUUUUUCAAUUUUUAGUUUGAUAGAAAAAUUAAGGUAUGGUAUAUUAUAAUAUAUUUAUAUUAUAAGAUUAUUAUUAAUUGUAAGUGUUUAUGGUUUGCUUGUUUCCCUAAUAAUGGGAAGCAAUGAAUCAAGUUGAGAACAAUGCAAAGCAAUGAAUCAUCAAGUUAAUUAAACUUGUCACUUGUCA